GGGGAGAGGAAGAGUGAGUAAGGGGAGGGAGAGAGAGAAAGAGUUUCCAAACUUGUCUCCAGUGACAAGAGACAUUUACGCCCUGCAAGAUAAAACUGCCACUUAGAGCCCAGGAAAGCUAGAUCUCCCCGGGUUGGCCUGGGGGCUUGAGCGGAGUCAUGGGUUCCCCAGUCGGACGGCUGUGCGCUCUUCUCUGCCUGGUGGCUCACUCGGUUUCUGGCAGCCCCAUCAUGAGCCUUGAGCAGUCGCCUCUGGAAGAAGAUAUGCCCCUCUUUGACGAUGUCUUCUCAGAGCAAGAUGGUGUUGACUUUAACACUCUGCUACAGAGCAUGAAGGAUGAGUUUCUGAAGACAUUGAACCUGUCUGACAUCCCCAUGCAGGAUUCAGCCAAGGUUGAUCCACCAGAGUACAUGCUGGAACUCUACAACAAAUUCGCAACAGAUAGGACCUCCAUGCCCUCUGCCAACAUCAUUAGGAGUUUCAGGAAUGAAGAUCUGUUCCAACCAGCCAGUUUUAAUGGGCUCCGAAAAUACCCUCUCCUCUUCAACGUGUCCAUUCCUCACCAUGAGGAGGUCGUCAUGGCUGAACUAAGGCUGUAUACGCUGGUGCAAAGAGAUCGCAUGAUGUACGAUGGUGUGGACCGGAAAAUUACCAUUUUUGAAGUACUGGAGAGCAGAGGGGACGAGGGUGAAAGAAACAUGCUGGUCUUAGUGUCAGGGGAGAUCUAUGGGACCAACAGUGAGUGGGAAGCUUUUGACAUCACAGAUGCCGUCAGGCGUUGGCAAAAGUCAGGCUCAUCCAUCCACCAGCUGGAGGUCCACAUUGAGAGCAGACACGACGAAGCCGAGGACCCCAGCAGGGGACAGCUGGAAAUAGACACGAGCACCCAGAAUAAACAUAACCCUUUGCUCAUUGUGUUUUCUGAUGACCAGAGCAGUGAAAAGGAGCGGAAAGAGGAAUUGAAUGAAAUGAUCGCCCACGAACAACUUCCGGAGCUGGACAACCUGGGCCUGGAUGGCUUUUCCAGCGGACCUGGGGAAGAGGCUUUAUUGCAGAUGAGGUCGAACAUCAUCUAUGACUCCACAGCCCGCAUCAGAAGGAACGCCAAAGGAAACUACUGCAAGAGGACCCCACUCUACAUCGACUUCAAGGAGAUUGGGUGGGACUCCUGGAUUAUUGCUCCGCCUGGAUAUGAAGCCUACGAGUGCCGUGGUGUUUGCAACUACCCCCUGGCAGAGCACCUCACGCCCACGAAGCAUGCGAUCAUCCAGGCCUUGGUCCACCUCAAGAAUUCCCAGAAGGCUUCCAAAGCCUGUUGUGUGCCCACAAAGCUAGAGCCCAUCUCCAUCCUCUAUUUAGACAAAGGUGUUGUCACCUACAAGUUUAAAUAUGAAGGCAUGGCUGUCUCUGAAUGUGGCUGUAGAUAGGAGUCCUGUGGCUUAUUUAAUACUUGUAAAUGUGUAUAUUUGGUGUUCCUAUUUAAUGAGAUUAUUUAAUAAGGGUGUACAGACAGUACAGGCUAGCUGCCGUAGGGAAAAGGACAGGUUAGUUUCUUGCAGGAAAUACAUACUUUACUAUCUGCUCUAGUCCCUUCCAAUCUGUUUCUCUUUGUUCUUGCCAUUUCCUGGCAAUUCCAACUCCAUGUCCUUUUGGAAACAACAAUCCCUAAGCAAAAUGCAGUGUCAGAAGACACAUAUUAUGUAUGUGUAUGUGCACAUACAUGAACUUAAGCAAAUCUUUUGGUUCUUUAGGGGAGGAUUAAAUUCACAUACAUACAUGACUCACUCAACGUGCACAUGUUAAAGAUCAACAGUGCGUUCUCAGUCACCUCUUCUGAGUAGGAUUAUGACCAGAUAAUUUGCAUCAGGACUUUAACCAUCCAAGGAAGUAUUACUUUCCCUAAACACUCUGGAAAGGUAAAUGUAGCUUUUGUCAGUUGAGUUUGCCAUUGCUCAGACCUGGUAAAGGUCGCUUCAAGGGAGGGGUUAUUUGAUGCCAAACGGCUUCAAAAGUCCUUAGAGGUACAACAGCAAAGAACGAACCCUUGGAGGACCAGAGGGCAGUGCCUGGUGAGGACAGGAAAGCAGGAGGGACUUCAGGAUGUGAGGUGUUCCAGAGACAAUAGGACAGCAAGGCUGUGUGUAUCCCCUGUUACUGCUACCAGGGGUGGAGGGAUGGCACAGUUCUCGAAGGAGAGAGAGGGAAAGGACACAGAUGCUAUCCCCAGAUGCAGCUGUAAAAUCAGAAGCAGUGCUAAAUGGAGAAUUAAAUCGUUGGUACAAAAUAAAAUAUAUUAUCAAAAUCCAAGAGGAGGAAAGGCACACGGGACCUGUUUGUUGGGCUCUUCGCCUCUUAGUAUUUUUCUUCACUUGUUAGUCUUCUCCCUGCCUCCUCACUGCCGUCUUCCUCUCCCCGCUUCCUUCUCUGUCCUGGUGCCUCACGUCCUCCUCCCCUUCCUGUGACCCCUGUCUUCCUCGGCCCUCGUUGCUCAUACUCUGGGCUGCAAAGAGACUCCUAAAAGCUUGUGUUCUUAGGGUAAAAGAAGUUAGUGUUCUACUUUUAAAAUUUACCCCAGAUAUUAAAUUUGAUGUUAUUUUAACGAUAUGCUUUAUGAAAUGUUUUGUUCACGAAAAACACUUAAGUAUUAGAAAAAAAAAAAAGAAACAGAGUCCCAUUUAAACAAGUGAAGUAAUGAAAAGACCUGAACAAAUGACUUGAAAGGUAAGCCUGAAUUUUGAAAUUAAGUUUGCUCCAUGGUGGAAACCCAGUAACCUUCCCAUCUUCUCAUUUUGCAUCUGGCCAGGACUGGGGGGCUGAGAAGUGUUCCCGCCAGGAAUGGACUGGUGGGUCUGCCCAGCAGGUGGCAGGGUGGAAGGACAUAUUGACUGUGGCUCCAGGCUGAACCCCUACCUGCUUCCCCAAACACAUCCCAGGUUUGUAUAGGAGGAGCCAGAGCAGAGAAGUUCCCAAACCUCUCUGGCGUCUCCAGGCAGCAACUUGGAUGGCUCACACUGGACUUGGGAAUGUGAUUUUCAGUACAUUGUCCCCAUUCACCCCACUUACCUUAGGAAAGCUUCCUUAACAAGUCCGGGAAACUAUCAGCUUCCCUUUAAGAACUACUUAAGGUUAUAAACUCAUGUUGCACUAGACAGUGGAGGUGGGGAAAGCUAUUUUGAAGACUUAUUGCCCAGUUUGGACCUCAGUCCCAUACAUUUAUUAUUCACUGGUGUCCAGAGGGAAAAUCCUAGGGAUUGCCCACGGAGGAGUCAUAUUUUGAUCAUCAGUGGGUAAACAACGACUGAUCAUUUGAGAAGGUCAGGCAACUCAGAACACUCAUUUGUGGAAAAGCCUCCAAUUAACAUGAUGUCUGUGAGUGCUGAGGGCAUGUGUGUCCGUGUGGCUGGUUUGGGAUAGCCACGCUCAGUAUCCUCACUGGAAUGUGGUGCAUUCUGUAUACUCCAUGCUACUCAAUGUACAUUCACAGACUCCAUGGUACUUCUUAUUCUACCCUUCUUAAAGGGUAUAAAAUAAGACCUCAGCUGACCAGGAUAGCUCUGGCUAGAUCAAAUUUUUCUUUGUGUUUGAAAUAUGUAAGAGAGUGGUAUGCUGGUAAAUACCUUGCAACCAGCAACUUGGGGUGGGGGAAAAAGCCCCAAUUCGUGGAUUUCGAUGAUGUAAAUGUCCAUUUCAAGCUUCCUGUGUGAUGCCAAAUGGCUUGCAAGAGUCCUGAAAACUUAGUCAGCUCUCAGGAGCCACGUACGAGCUCCAGCACACUGCUGACAGUAGCACACUUUAGAAGCUAAGGACGGGCCAGCUCUGGCUUUCCACCGUGCAUGCUGCUGGCUUUCCCAGCCUGCUUGGAGAAACCUUGUCUCAAGCACUUACAAUCACUCGUCUGUCAAAGGGGUGCUAGGCUGAAUCUAGCUAUUAUAGAUGUUUCUCUGUUACCAGUAAACCACAUUUCUAUGAUCUUUUUCUUCCUUAGAAAAAGGAGUACAGAAAGUCACAUAUUGGUCAUUCAAAUGGUCAGUAGUUGUAUUUUUCUUUUCUUGCCUUCUUUUUAUCAAAAAGGAAAAGACAUAACCAGCAGGAGAGUUCUCCUUGUUCCCCACACCCCCGGCCAGCAUGCCUGCACCACCUCCACUUCACUGCAUUGACAGGAAGCUAUAAAAUUGUCAGGUCUUUAGAAAAGUAGAACUUACUAACAUCUUCUCUGGCCGUAGACCUUCUGCUAUGUUCUGCACUAAUCUUCUUUUUAUGGCAGAAUUAUCAUCAUUGAAGUUGAUAAACCUACAUGACCCUCGAGGAAAAUUGUCGCAGAAGGACUUGGGCAGCCAACAACCUAAAUAUUCAUGUAAACAUUUCUAAGCUUCCUGCUAUUUAUUGAUUGAUGUAUUUAUUUUUGUAAUAUAAUGUGGAAUACUAAAUAGUUUAUUUUUAUGUCUUUGCUUCCCUCUUGGAUAGGGUAGUCUUCUGUGCUUUUCAAAUAGAAUCUUUCCUUAGAGUACAGCUCACUUACAGUACGUAGUCUGUAUUUUCAGCCCUCUCUCUUUUUGCGUCAAAAUAUUCUGUUACUCUAAGGAGUCUGCCAUAAGCUUGCCAUAAUUUUGUAUAUUUGUGUCUUGUAGGCAUGCUGUGAGCCCCUGAGUAUAUUUACUGAUUUGUAAAUAGCAGAGUUUUAACUGAAGUGUUGAUGUUCCAGAAAUUAUUUAACCAAUGAAUUGCCAUGACGUUCCAUGAAGUGACAUUGUCAGUUUGUCAGAAUAGGCAAAUAUUGUCGGGCUAUGAGGGGACAUGAGUGCUACUCAAUGAACAGGGGCAGUAUUGAAUUCACUGUUUUCAUCCCAAAGAAGGGCCAUCCCCUAUGGCCUUCACCAACCCACCAAUUCAGAGACUCAAUUUGACAAAACUAUUUGCAUCUGGAUUAACUCCCCUAUAAAUGUCAAAAAUGUUAAAUUACAAUUACCAGAAGAGUCAGCCUCAAAGUGCCUAAUUUAUUCCUGUUGAAUAAUUUUUGGUUUGGGAAAUUAAUGAUAUAAACCUUUUCCAGAAUGAUUAUGAAAUGUAUCGGUAUUCUUUAGGAUUUACAGUCUUCAUGUAAAAGAUGUUUUCAUAUAAAGGAAUGUCACAUGUUACUUCUUACCAAAUUUUCAACAAACCAUAAAGUACAGCACAGUUUGGGCAAAAAGGAUUCGCGAUUUGUUUCGAACACAGAAGGGACAGUGUUCUUUUUAAGGAUGGUAGACCUUUUCAGAGUCAUUGUGGGUUGUAGCUCUUUGUAGGUCUGCAAGCUCACAUGUGGUGAAAGAGGAAAUGCUACUCUGACUCUGCAUUUUUUGCUUCUAAAAAAGGACAUUUGAGUUUUUAUAUGACAUGGAAGGGAAGUAGACAGCACAGUACCAUGGCAGCAUACAAAGGUGUUCCUGCAUGUGGACUUGUGCUCAUAAGGUAAUAACCCUAUCAAGGAACGACUGGUGGUUGUGACCCACAUGUUUCUAUCACACUCAAACACUGGUUUUGUGAGCGCCUCUCCCAACAGUGGUGGGGUGACCACUCUGCCCACCUGCCAAGCAUCCACGGACGUGGACAAUCCACUCACUGUGGACACACCAAAUCAGCUGAAGUGUGUUCAUGUUCUUGGGUAAAACCUGUUCUUUCUUCACCAAAUUGAUGUAGUGACUACAGGAAUAAAAGGAAAGUGGAAACAAAUGUUGUACCCUGUGUUCAUAAGCUAAAUAUGUACAUUCAAAGUUGUCUUGUUGAAUAAAAUGGA